AUGAAUAGUACAGAUCACAAUAGCUGGGGUGAUUUCCUAGCAACCCCACCUAAUAUGAUGGGGACACCUCCAAGCCAACUUCCUGGGGAUUUAUUAUCGAAUUUAGAUCCUCCACCGAGCCCAAUGAUUUUUGAUCCACCUCUUCAAGAAUUUUUCAAUCCUCCACCACAACCAGCUUCACCACCUAUUGCUAAGCAGACAUAUUCUCCUCAAUCAUACUCUGAAUAUGGCGAACUCGAAAAUCGAACACUUCAAGUGUCAAAUGCCAACCCAACCACGACAGAAAGUGAAAUCAUGGCAGUAUUUAACACCCAUAGAGGUGUUAAGCAAGUUGAUAUGUCUAAAAUAUCAGAAGGCCAAUUUACUGUUGAGUAUUAUGAUAUUCGAAAUGCUACAUCUUCUAAAUUGCUUCUUAAUGGAUCACAACUGAAAGGCAAGACUAUCACAGUUUCAUUUGCGCCACUUCCAGUUAUUUUAGAUCCAAAGAAGCCACCGAAUAAUGGAACUAUUGUUAUAUUCCACCUUCCGGCGGGUAUUACUGAUGAUCAAAUAGUUACAAUAUUUGGGCAGUUCGGUGAAAUCAGACAAAUUCGUGGUACUCCAACAAAAACACAACAGAGAUUUGUUGAAUAUUACGAUACUCGUCAUGCCGAGGCUGCGUUGUUAUCAAUGAGCGGAAAAUAUGUUAUGGGUACACGCGUUUCUAUCGAAUUCUCCCUCCCUGGAGGUUUCAGAAGAGGAAUCCAAAAAGUUGAAAAGAGUGGACAUUAA